AUGUUCAUAAACAGAAGUGCUGAGAGAAGGAGUUGUCUUCAGCCCCUUCAAAGAAUCAUUGAGAAAUUUACAGCAGACGUGGUGGAAGUUUGUAUGAAUUCUCAACUCAGCAUUAAAUGUCUGCAAGAAAGACUUUCAAGAUUUGGACCCUCAGACCAACCACCAGAGAUUUCACUGCAGACUCACAGGGUAACUGCUACACAGAAGCAAAACCUUAGGCUUCUCACUGGGAAGAUGUCUGGGAUAAAAGACAUCUCAGCAGAGAGAGGCCCAGAGAUCGCAGCCAUUCCAACCAUCCUCGGGCUUCAGACGUAUGAGCGAGGUCAUUAUGUACCCUCCAACCCCCAUCAAGUCAUCCAGUCCAUUCCGGUUUUCCAGCUUCAGCUACCAGCACCAUCAUUCUCACUGCUGUGGGAGGACCAAAUGUGUGGUCCCCUGUCCCACAUUGGGCCUCUCACCCCCAUCCAGAAUCAAGGUCUCCUUGCCCUGUGCAUGGUGCCAGCCUUGUGGGACUUGGAGCCACACAGCAGGUCGUCUUGGAAAUGCUCCCUGCUCAGCACUGCCAGUCUCUCAGCUCUCUCUGCCAAGGCACCGAAACCCAUGGUUUCUAUUGAAGACAGACAGGCAGGCUCUUCCCUGUCAUCCCUAACCAGGCUGUGA